GCGGGCGCGGAGCCGGUGGCGGAGCCGCGGGACGGUGCGGGGCCCCCGCCGCCCUCAGGGCGAAUCGGGCAUGAAGCGACGGCUGCCGGCUGCAGACGCCGGGCUGGGCAUUGACCUGCGCUGCCUGCCGCACUAAGGCGGCGACGAGCCCCGAGGCGAACCGAGGCGGCGCGGCGGGCCGAGUCCGAGGCGAGCCCCGCGGCUGUUCGCGAGCGCGACUGAGGCGGCAGCUGCGGCUUCUGCCGGCAGCCUCCCCCGGGCUGGCGAGGGGCUGCGCGGGGAGGGGGCCACGGCACCGCCCCCGCCUCCUCCCCUCCCCUCGCCCGGCCGGAGCUCCCCCGCGGCGGCGGGCGGGCGGUAUGAGCGCGGCGCUCUGAGGGACCGGCCGAGCUCGGCUUCCCCCGAGCAGCCUCCCCUGGGAGCCGCGGCGGCAGAUCGGACUCGGCUGGGACCUGCCAUGACUCCCCUGGCUCCUCCCAUGGCAUGAGCCCGUGCUCUCCUCCCCGCUCCGCCUGCUUUUGGUCUCUCUCCGCUCCCGGGCUGUCAGAUGGGAUAGGACACACCCGGGCGUGCGGGGCUCGACGCUGCCGGGGGGGAGCGGCGGAGGCAACCGGUGACGGCCGUCGGCUCGCCUGGGCUCGAAGAUGAGCUGGCGGUGGGCUCGCCAGCACUGGAACGGCGGCUCCUCCGUGCUGCUGCUGCUGCCGCUGCUGCUGUGCCACGGCCGGGUCCGGCCGGCCGGCGCCGACAACGCCAGCCAGGCGUACUACACCGCGCUCAUCAACGUGACCGUGCUGAGCCCCGAGCGCGGCGGCCCCACGCUGCUGCGGAUCGACCGCGGCCGCUACGGGCAGGACUCCCCGAAGGUGGAGGUCAAGGGGCUGCUGGUGACUCCCGUCCCUAUCAACGGAGUUGCAGAUCGUCUGGGCUGUGACCCUCGAACACGUUUCCAGGUGCCACCAAACACCAAGCAGUGGAUUGCUUUACUACAGAGAGGAAAUUGUACAUUUAAAGAGAAAAUACUGCGAGCAGCUUCACAUAAUGCCACAGCUGUGGUCAUUUACAACAAUGUAUCCAGUGAAGAACCUGUCACAAUGACUCAUCAAGGAACUGGAGACAUUGUUGCUGUCAUGAUUACAGAGUCGAAGGUUAAGGAGAUCCUGAAUUACUUGGAAAAGAACAUCUCUGUGCUGAUGGCCAUAGCAGUGGGGUCCCGUGUUCCUCCAAAGAACUUCAGCCGGGGCUCUCUAGUCUUUGUGUCAAUAUCAUUCAUUGUUUUGAUGAUCAUUUCUUCAGCAUGGUUAAUAUUUUACUUCAUCCAGAAGAUCAGGUACACAAGUGCACGUGACAGGAAUCAGCGUCGUCUUGGAGAUGCUGCCAAGAAAGCCAUUGGUAAAUUGACAACCAGAACAGUAAAGAAGGGUGAUAAGGAAACAGACCCAGACUUUGAUCAUUGUGCUGUCUGCAUUGAGAGUUACAAGCAGAGUGAUGUUGUUCGCAUUUUGCCGUGCAAGCACGUAUUCCACAAAGUCUGUGUGGAUCCAUGGCUCAGUGAGCACUGUACAUGUCCAAUGUGUAAACUGAACAUUCUGAAGGCACUGGGAAUUGUGCCCAACGUGCCGUGCACAGAUAACGUCGCCUUUGACAUGGAGAGGCUGACGCGGGGGCAGCCGGCGAGCAGGCGCUCGGCGCUCGGCGACUUCGGCACCGACAGCUCCCUCAGCCUGGAGCCCCUGCACACCUCAGGCAUGUCACAGCUGCCACAGGAUGGGGAGCUGACACCAAGGUCAGGAGAGAUCAACAUUGCAGUGACAAGCAGUCACUUCUUCCAUCGUAACUCUCUGUCCCCUCGAAGCCUGGUCUACGAGAGCGAGUUCUCAACCAUCGAGCCUGCCUUGGACAUGUACGACGAGAACAAAACCUGAAAGGAAUCCAUGCUCCUUCCUGGCCCUUUUUCCGUUUUUUUCAUUUCUCAUUCCUAUUGUUGUGUACUCUUUCCAUGGAUCUCCUUUGUCUGAAGAAGAGCUGCUUUUUCCAGAACACGAACCCGCCUUCUCGUUUGCACAGACGAAGACCAGCUGUGGUGGAUUCUGAGGGUGGCAUCUUUGAGGUGACAAAGAGCUGUGACAAGCAAGGUUGUCUGAUGGAAAUUGCUGAGUAACAGCAUGGGGAGCUGUGUCGGCCCAGCCGUGGCGAUGCAGGAGAGGUUUUACGGUGGCCCUAAGAGUUUGUGCUGAACUGCAAAUGCGUCUCUUACACAGGCAUCUGCUGUUUCCGAUUUUUAAGUUGUCCAGAUGGUUGGGCAAUGUCAGAAAGGGAACUGGUUGUAGAGGAGAUGGCCAGUGACUGGUAAAAGCACUCGUAUAUCUCGGUCAAUCCAUAACCUUACUGUGAAAUAACCCCUUCUGGGAGGGACCUUUAUAAGUGCAUUGAGUUUCCUACAACCCACUUAACCCCGGACAGUGGCAAGCCAGUCUGAUGUUCAAGCUGCAGAGAGGACCAGCAUUUGCAGAAAGAUUUCAAGGAACUUGGUGCUUGGAUUUUUUUCUCCAAUUUGAUUGAAGCAGGAGAAAAAUGGUAUACACAGAAUAUACUUUUGGUCCUUCUGUGUGCUGAAGUCAAGUGAGUCUCUCUCUGUAGAGAGGACAUUCACAGAACCAGCACUUGAUCUACCUAAAAAUGAUUAGACUUUUUGAAAUAUGCAGGAAUCAAAUUAGCUUUCUUUCUCACGUAACUUUUUUUUGGAAGGGUGGGGGGGUAAAAAUCCACCAAAUUUUUCACUGAGAUUUUUUAAAAGCCAGCAUGUUGGCAUUACACAGAGAAGAAAAGAGGUAAGCUUCUUAUCCCACUCUCCUGUUGAGAUCUGCAACAGUUAUUUAACAAAUACGUUCUCUGAGCUGUGCCCUUUCCCACUGACAUCAAUAAUGGGAAUGCAGAAAGCAGGAGAAGAAAGGAAAGCAGCUACUGCUUUGACACGCUGCAGGAAAAAUCAAUUUUUACCAGCAUGUGACAAAAGCAGUGAGGAAAUGGAUAUUGUUUGCAAGCUUCUGAGAGAACAAUGCAGAAAUGGAGAGCGAGAGAGGAGCCUCUGGAGCAAAGUCAUCCACAGCGUUCCUCAAAUGAGCCGACAUGGAGGAGUGAGCGCUUCUGCUCCACCGUUUGCUACCAGACAAUGCAUAGCUGUUAAUGAAUGUUUGGAUUUUUCUCCAUUGCAGUCUAAGUUACUGUAGGUGUAGAAACUCAUUUGUGUCCUUGUAAUGUGAAACACAGUUUCACCCUCUGUAUAGGAAUCUUGAGAAAUCAGUUAAGCCAAAAAGAAAGGUAAGACUUAUCCUGCCAUGCUUUAAUUUCACCUGCUUUUGCAAGCAGGGGAAUUUCCCCUCCUUUAUAAUGUUUUUAAUUGUAUAGCAAUCUGCUUAACAUAUAUCCUUUUCUGAAGUGUGAUUCAGCUGUGUAUUUAACAUGGAUGUUCAAGAGAAAAAGAAAAACCCAGCUCUGUAAAAUGAGGAAAUGAGCCUCUUUGCUGAGCAUGCUUUGACUUUUGUUGCUGUGCGUCAGCUUUAUUUAAUCUGAUAAUUCAAGAGUGGGUGGCAUGAAGUGUAGGGAGGUUUUUCUCAUAAUACCCACAUUGAUAUUUACCAAAUGCACUUUUAUUGCCAUUCAGCUCGCUCUGGAAAUGCACUGAAGCCCCAAACUUUUGUAAGAGCACAAUUUUGACACCCACUUUCUCCUCCAAAGCAGAAGUGAAGGUCACAGGAAGUGCCACAGGGGCUGGGGCAGCAGCUGGUCGUGGUCAGCAUCCCUCCUCUGGUGCAGGGCAGGCAGCGACAGCUCCGGGCACCCCCGGCGAGCCCAGGCACAGCUCCCCAUCCCAGCCCAGCUGAGCUGCACCCGGGCCCAGGCACAGCUCCCCUGGCUGAGCUGAGUCUGGACAGGGCUCAGGGGCAGCACAAGGGCUGGUUGAGCAGCCCCUGUGUUUGUGAUUACAUCUGUGAGAGCAGCAGGGACACGUGGGAGCGGCGCCUUGGGAACGCAAACGCCUGAGAGGAAAAUCACCAUCUCUCAAGGAUGUUAUGGGGCUUGUUUUUAUCCAUGAGGGCAGUCAGGUUAUGAUAAUCCCAGAUACCUGGGUUACCUGGUUAAAUGCCAUCAUGUCUUAGUGUCUUCCAGCCAGCACAGAGCUGCUCCAGUGGGGUUUUGGGUAGGACAGGCUCUUGUAGCACUGCGUGGGCUGCUGAUGCCCCAAGCAAAGCCUUCUCACAGGGGCUGCCCCAUCCCAACACAGGGAUUUCCCCUGAGGCCACUGGGAGUCACUGGGGCACAGUUUCAGCACAAAACCAAACCUGAUGAUUUCUGACCUCCAACUGAGCCAACAAGCUGUGUGCCAGAAUAUACAGAAAAGCUAGAAGAGCUUUGGAAAUUAAAAAUUAGAAAGCACAAAUCCCCUAAAGACAAAAUAAUAACUAAUGUAAUUUGUAUUUUGCUAAAUCUUAUUUCUAACUGAAUAUCUUGGCUUUAAGCUGGGGGAGGGCAGGUUUGCCUUAGUGGAGAUCAGGGUCUGGCACAGCAAUGUAAAAAUGGAUUUGUGCUGUAGCAUCUUGGAUAGGGGAGCUGGUAUUUGUAAUUGACAUCCUGGAUUUGGGACAUCUUGCAACACUGGAAAAAUUAAAAGCUUGUUCAAGCAAUCAGUCCCUACGUGCAUGCCAGGACGUGCUGGAGCAGGCCUUCCCCAGUUAGUCAUAUUUAAGAUGGGGAAGAGGCACCACAGCAACAUGGGUGAUUUUUUUCUGGGCUGUGCUGGUAAGUUUGAGGUUUUCCUUUUAAUAUUAAUCAGUAUAUAAAAAAAGCUUGAUGAGCAUUGUUGUUCUUGUUCUGCUGCAGUGGUGCUGUGUGUGGUUGAGUCAUUUCACAGAAGUAAAAUAUACAGCAACCUACCAAGCACUGUAAGUGCCAGUAACUUGGAAAAUCAUUUUCAAGUUUAAAAAAAAGUGCUUCUUUUAACAGGAAAACAUUCAGUUUAUGACUUCUACAUAUAAAAAAAAGCUUUUGAUCUCCAAGUAUUUUCCUAAAGUAUUUAAACCCCAAAACUUUGUCUUCUCUUUCUCAGCUUCCUCUUCUAUGAAAGUUUUGCAUGUUCCCAUUAGACAUUUGUAAAAUCAAGGUUUGCUUGUGUUCUUAGAGGAUAAUUGCCAGUAAGAAACCAGACUGUAAGUGUGCUUUUUACCUAUAAUACACAACAUUAAUUAUUAAAUUUGAAGCAUGUUAAAGUUUAUCUAAUGACCCUCACAAUUGCUCCCUCCAGUGAGCUCAUGUGUUGGAAUCUGCAUUGUCCCUUUGCUCUAGGAUGCUUGCCCUGGCACCUGAGGAUGCUGUAGGAAUAGCCAGGUAUCCUGCAUUAGCCAAAGAAAAACCAAAACCAGUUUAAUAAACAUGUCUAGGACUAUGUUAUGAGACUUUCACACAUCUGUUUUCUUUAAACACAUUCAUGUAAAAUAGUGCAAAGGCUUGGGAGAGCCAAGAGCUUUUCACCAGCUCCUGGAAAGCAGAGGGAAUUCUGCAGGAAACAUGGGUCACACUGAGGCUCUUGUUCAGGACUUGUUCAGUCCAAUUUAGGUUUGAGGUAGUGCCACAGUCAGUUCAUGAGCAGAAGGAUGAAGGCACCAGGGUUGAGCUGAAGUUCAGGCAGCUCUGCAGCCUGAUUACUGGCAAGUGAGUUGACUUAAUUAUUAAAAAUAUUUGUUAUUUUGCUUAGCUAAUAGUAAUUUGUUUUUUACAGCACAGGAAACAGCAGAGCAGCUCAGAAGCCAAGGCACAGUGGGGCAAAGGCAAGAGCCACGGGGCUGCUGCCAGCCCUGCAGGGUGGGGAGAGAAGGACAGGAGAGCUCAGGAAACACCUUCAAAUUCCCAAGUAAAGCUUUUGCUCCUUUUUCACCCUGUGUUACCCAGCCAUACUUGACCUAAUUUUCCAGCCUGAGCGGUGCAGAAGAGUGUGUGAUGUGCCAUGACAGCUUGCAUAUGUGUUGUUAUAUUUAAAGAUAUCUUCACUUUUUCCUUUCCCUGCUAGACUCACGGCACCGCAGGGCAGCCUCAGCUCUGGCACACUCGGUGGAAACUGGUGAGCAGGGGAGGGAGUGAGAGAGGGAAAGAUGUUCCAGCUAAACAGACUGGGGGGAAAUCAGGGCAGAGGUAGACAGCACUUCAGUAUGCUGGUGCUCAUAUCUGCUUUUUUCCCUUGUCUUUGAAAUAAUUAAGAGAAAAAGCUCUGCUCCCUACCCCUUCCUUGUGGAUGCAGUGACAAAAGCAGGACUCCAGGUGGGAUUUUGCUCCUGAUGCAGAGCCAUGAUGCUCUGUAACCCCCAGCUAGUGAUGUCCUGAGAUGUUGGCCAAAAACCCCAAAUUCACAAGGGCAUGUCAGGUUUACCUGGUGCUUGCAAAGUGCAUUUUUGGGAAAUGAAAUUUGGUCACAGAGCCUUUGCAAAGCACCACUAAUUGACACCUUGUUAUCCGUCUUUCAUUAACCUAGCCUUUUUUUAAAGCCUGCAACACUUCCAGACACUCUUAAUUCUAAUCUCACCCUUUCCACUCCACCAGUUACUACUGGCUUCCUCCUCCUCUGGAGAGCUGGGUGAAGGUCCCUGUUGUGCAGGCACUGCUGUCCACUUGUUCUCCAGCAUCUUCAUCACUGUGCCAUAGCCUCACUGUGCCAUCACCAUGCCAGCCAGCCCUUCCAAGGGGAUGCAUCACUCCAAACCAGUCACAGUCUGUGGGAGCCCAGAGGUUCCUGGUGGGCUGUGCUCAGCCAAAGCAGGGUCUGUGGGAUCUGGGCUCUUGUGGGAUGCUCAUUCUCUGCAUCACUGAAUGGAGCAUCCUUUUGCUCUUCUGCCCAUUAGCCUCAUAAAGAUGCUCAGAAAUGGAUGUGUAGGUUAUGCAAUAACAUCUGAAUAUUUUUUCUUUUUUACUGCAAUAAUGUCCAGGGUCUCUGGGCUUUGGGGACCUGUGGUAAAAAUUGUUGCCCAAAAAUAGUCCUUUUCCUAAGGAGUUAAUAAUAAGUAUUCAUAUUCAUACAAAGUAAGAACUACACAGUGUUUUAUUGAAAGUUGAAGCUGCUUAGAGUGAUUUCAAUGCCAGGCUGAGGUGUAACAUUAGCUGGUGUCAUACAGCUGGGACUGGGGGUUUGCAGCCCAGAAAUCAGAUGGACAUGUACGUGGAGCCUCCCUCUCUCCUGCUGGGCUAUUCCUUUCUCCACUUGUAUCCAGAAGCCUCUCGGGAGCCAGGAGCUUUUAUUCUUUUCCCUGAGCUCAGCUGUGUACAUUUAUGUGCCAUUUGCCUUUUUUUUUUUUUUUUUGUUUGCUGCUUCUCACAUACUCCGGGGCUCGCCUUUGCUUGGCUCUGACUUGAUCUUCAGCUGCCCAAACCCCUCGGGGGCACAAGAGCCAUUAAUUCCCAGCAGAGCAGCUCUGCAGGGCUAUGUUAAGGCAUAGAUCAUCAGAUUUGCUGUGGAUCCCCUGUGCCUCUGUCUGUAACACCAUCACACUGUCUUGUGCAGUAAGAGCUGUAGCUGCCUGCUCCUUACUGGGCUGGUAACCCAGACUGGGCUGCACUGGGAGGGAGGAUCAUACAGAAAACAGCUCAGCAACCCUCCCAUGCUCCAGCACAGGAAAGUCUAGGCGUGAAAGUAAACUUGUUCUUUGCUGCUAUUAAGCCAGGCAUGUUUAAUAGAGUGUUUGGGGCUGUUAAAGCAAAGCUCCUGGUGCAGGUUCAUGAGGUCCCAGCACGGCAGCGCCCCAGCCUGUUGCUUUCUACUUGUGCUGCAAGGUGCUACAUGAACAAGAGACUUUCCCUGUGCCACCACAUCAGCAGGCAGACUUUCCCCACCCUAUAUGUCUAGGCUUAGCUCCCAGCACUGGUAAGGUCUGCUGCACUGCUCCUGUAAAGGGGAAUAACCUUUUGGAGCAAAAGGAGUGGUAGCAUUGCUCUUCUGCUUGUCCCAUCUGCCCUGCUGCAGUUUGCAAGUAGGUGUUAAAUCCUAAAAGCUUCUCUGGAUGACCCGUGCCUGUCCAGGAUCACCUGCUUGAGGCCAUGGCUAACUAUGCACUGACUCCACCAAAACAGGAUCAUUUUAUCACAGCAGAGAGGGGACCCCCCAGCCUUUGGGCACAGGAGACUGCAGCAAACAACAACAAAAACCCCCAAUUUGCGUGCGUGUAAAAUGAAGAGUCUGUUUGAACUGGCUUGCUGCCAGGUGGGUCACACCGGUGUGACCAGGUAACCUGAACACGCCAGCAGUGCCAGGGGUCUGGGGACACUGUGGGGACACAGGGACACACAGUGCCCUCCCGGCAGCCACAGCUCCCCAGCCCCUGUGGAGGUGUAGCUCGCCAGCAGCAGAACUUGUUGACAUGUUUUGAUGUAAGUAUAACACUGUAUUGUAGUUACGUGGUAUAUGCCAGUAUGUUCAUAGUGUAUACCAACUAGUUAGGGUUUGCUAAUGUACUACAUUUCAAUAAAAAGCAGUUUAAAAAUA